AUGCGGUUCACCUCCUCGACUCUAUGGGCCGCCGCCCUUGGCCUGUUGUCAAUUGCUUCCGCCCAAGAUGAGCUUCCUAAGCGCCCUAAGGUCGAGCCCGCUCCGUUCAACACCGGAAAGGCUAUGCCGUUUUCGCCUCCCAGAGACAAAGACCGCUAUUGUUAUGUUAAGCCGAGCUGCACCGAGGGCAAGGACGACGCGCCGAAGAUCCUCAAAGCCUUCAAGGAAUGCAACGACGGCGGUACGGUGGUGUUCGACAAGACCUACCUCAUCAGCUCGCCGUUGGACCUCACCUUCUUGAAGCACAUUGACGUAGUAAUCACCGGCGACAUCCAGUUCAAUGAUGACCCCCUCUACUGGGCCGACAACAGUUUCAAGUUCGCUUUCCAGAACCAGUCGGUCUUUUGGAAGUUUGGCGGCGAGGAUAUCAACAUCUAUGGUGAUCUUGGGAACGACAAAUCUGUCAUUGAUGGUCGCGGUCAGGCAUACUGGGAGGCCAUUCAGACCAAUAGUAGUUGGUUCAACUUGAUCGCAAACAGCACCGAUGUCAUCAUCAGCGACAUGGAUCUCAAGGCCCAGAUGAACCAGAGCCAAAAUGGUGUUAAGAUUGCCAACUCCGAUGGUUGGGAUACAUAUCGAUCUGAUCGCAUUGUGAUUCAGAACUCAGUCAUUAUCAACACAGAUGACUGUGUGUCAUUCAAACCAAACAGCACCAACGUUGUCGUCCAGAACCUGGACUGCACUGGCUCACACGGCAUGAGUGUUGGCUCCCUGGGCCAGUACAAGGGCGAGACCGACAUCGUCGAGAACCUUUACAUCUACAACACAACCAUGGCCAACGCUAGCGAUGCCGCUCGCAUCAAAGUUUGGCCUGGCAUUGAGACUGCUUUCCAGACACUCCUGAAUGGUGGAGGUGGCCUCGGACGUGUGAGAAACGUCACGUAUGACCUCUUCAAGAACAUCAAUAAUGAUCGGGCCAUCACCAUCACACAAUGUUACGGCCAAAAGAACCAGACGCUCUGUGAAGAGUUCCCAGCCAACCUUACGAUUUCCGAUAUCACUCUCAAGAACAUCUAUGGUGUGGUCUCAACCAAGCUAGACCCGCAAACCGGAAGCCUUGUUUGCAGUGCCGCAGACCGUUGCAGCAACAUCCGCGCCGAGAACGUCACAGUCACGGUGCCGAGCGGGAAGCCGCCUGUGUACGAAUGCAAAAACCUGGACAAAGGCUUGCUGCAGAUCAACUGCACGUCCGGAACAGACGGAGAUCGGGAUACAACCAACGGAUAG